GUCUUCAAUUAUGGAUCAGUAAAAGAUUUGCAUUUUGCUUUCUUUCUUUGAACUUGACAGAAUAUAUGUGCAGUUAAUGAGCAUGAAUCUGGCUAAAUCAACAAUCUAUUAAUGUUAAAUUGGUUUUAGCCGAUGGUUAAUUACUCCUCUCGAAAAGGGGGGAGGCUAUGUUCAGAAAUUAAUCAAAUUAACCAGAUAUAUAGUACAUUAAUGGUGAAGAGAUUCUUACAUUAAUUAGACCUCAGAAAGAAAAUGGUCCAAAUUCAAGCAAAAGGUGGUUAUUACCAUGUAUAUAAAUUAAUGUUAAUUAUACUGAAAUACGAUUCACCUAAAGAUUUUCUUAACCAAGUGAAAGGAUUUAAAAGGAAAAUCCAUGCCAGCCGAAGAUCAGUACUAGAUGAGAAUCGAUGUACAUUGAAUGGAAAUACGAAUAUGCAUCGAAUCCAUUCAAGAUACGAAGAUACGAACUCCAAAAAUACUCCUUGCAUGCAUCCGAAUAAAUAUAGUAAGGCAAUAAUUACUCUCAAAAUCUGUAGAUAUUUAUACAGCCCAAUCCCACCUUGAAUCCAUCAAGCAAACAUCCUCGACGUCUCUAUAGCUAGGCUGAAUAUUCCUAUAAUGGCAGCUUUUCGAUCUCCUCUCUCUUUUGCUCUAGCAAUUGCACUUCUGUGUGUUUCUGGCUUUGGCUGCAUCUAUGCCCGCAAAGUUGGCUUCACUGUGGACCUAAUCCACCGUGAUUCACCACUGUCCCCUUUCUACAACUCUGAAGAGACUGACCUCCAGCGUAUCAACAAUGCUUUGCGUCGAUCCAUUAGUCGUGUCCACCACUUCGAUCCAAUUGCUGCUGCUUCGGUCUCUCCUAAAGCGGCUGAAUCUGAUGUUACAUCCAACAGAGGUGAAUACCUCAUGAGUUUAUCCUUGGGCACACCGCCUUUUAAGAUUAUGGGUAUAGCAGAUACAGGAAGUGAUCUGAUAUGGACACAGUGCAAGCCAUGCGAGAGAUGUUACAAACAAGUGGAUCCUCUUUUUGAUCCAAAGUCUUCCAAAACUUAUAGAGAUUUUUCUUGUGACGCAAGGCAAUGUAGCUUGCUGGAUCAAAGUACUUGCUCUGGUAAUAUUUGCCAAUACCAAUAUUCUUAUGGUGAUCGAUCGUACACCAUGGGAAAUGUUGCUUCUGAUACUAUCACUUUGGAUUCCACAACAGGCAGUCCAGUGUCUUUCCCUAAAACUGUCAUUGGUUGUGGACACGAAAAUGAUGGAACCUUCAGUGACAAAGGUUCAGGUAUCGUUGGCCUUGGAGCCGGUCCACUGUCCCUUAUUUCUCAAAUGGGUUCUUCAGUCGGUGGCAAAUUCUCCUACUGUUUGGUGCCACUUUCCUCCCGAGCUGGAAACUCGAGCAAACUAAACUUUGGUAGCAACGCUGUUGUUUCAGGUCCUGGAGUUCAAUCUACCCCAUUAUUAUCUUCAGAAACCAUGUCCAGCUUCUACUUUCUAACUCUAGAAGCCAUGAGUGUUGGAAAUGAGAGAAUAAAAUUCGGUGAUUCUUCUUUGGGAACCGGUGAGGGAAACAUCAUCAUUGAUUCAGGUACAACUUUGACAAUUGUUCCAGAUGAUUUCUUCUCCAAUCUUUCAACAGCGGUAGGCAAUCAAGUUGAGGGACGGCGUGCUGAGGACCCAAGUGGAUUUCUGAGUGUUUGUUAUAGCGCUACUUCUGAUCUCAAGGUUCCUGCAAUCACUGCACAUUUCACUGGUGCGGAUGUGAAACUUAAACCCAUUAACACCUUCGUUCAAGUUUCAGACGAUGUUGUGUGCUUGGCCUUCGCCUCUACUACAUCAGGAAUUUCAAUCUACGGAAACGUUGCACAAAUGAACUUCUUGGUAGAAUAUAACAUUCAAGGGAAGUCCCUGUCUUUUAAGCCAACAGAUUGCACCAAAAAGUAAUUCGGUAGCCAUAUGAUAAAUUUACGUUUUAUUGCUUUGCGCACGUGUUAACAAUAUAUCCACAUUUGUAUUGCUGGCCUCUGUUCUGAGAUCAAAAUCUAAACCAGUAUUUUUUUUUUUCCGUAUCCUUUAUCUGUGUGUUAUAUUUUGCCUUUCAUCCACAGAGUUGAGUGCAUGGAUUGUAGGGAAUGAGGGGAGAACAAAGGAAAUUUAUAGGGACGAAAUUUAAUCUCUUUUAUUAGGGUAUUAAAAUGAGGAAAUGAAGGAGAUUAUUAAAGCUUUUUGGAUUGUAAUAGUAGUUAUAGUUAAAAAUAUUUUUUUAUUUAUAAAUAUAUUAAAAUAAUAUUUUUUAUUUUUAAAAAAUUAUUUUUCACAUCAUAUUAAAAUAAUCUAAAAAUAUAUUAAAAAUUUUAUUUUUAACAAAAAAAAAAAAAAAUCAUUUGCAUACAAACAAGCACUAAAAUUCAUAUAAUGCCACCCGCCACGCCCACAACGG